AUGCUCGACGAAGCCGCAUCCAAACAAACCAUGUCAUCCAAAGACCACACCGCAAGCACUCCUGUUAAAACGAUGGAGGUGCCUCUUUCAAAAGCCUUUGCCAUGUUGGCAAAUGAAGAGUACCAUGAUGUCUCACUCAAAGGGAACGAUGGGGUUCUGGUUCCUGCCAAUCGUGCUGCCUUGUCCGUCCGUAGUCCAUACUUCAAGACCAUGUUCAAGAAGGGAGGCUUUCAGGAAGCUACAAAUGAUGUGGUCUCCAUUGGUUUUUCCGGCACUGUUCUCAAGUCAAUUGUGGAGUACAUCCAUACUGACACCGCAACCAUCUUGGCAACAAAUAUUACCAAACCAUCUCUUGAGGUUACACCAGGUGCUAUGGAAGAAUUCCAGACAUUGUUGUCUCUAACAGAAGCAUCAGUCUAUGUUGGAUUGCCAGGACUCUGCAAAAAAGCCCAAAAAAGCCUUGCCAUCUACAUGCAUGCCAACCCAUCGAUGGCUUUUGCCAUUCUCGCAGCAUCAAAGCUGCAGGGGCCCGUGAUUUCGGAGGAAAUGAUCAAAUACGCCUGGAAAAAAUUUGCUUGGAUGACCGGAAGUUUAAACAAAAUUGUUCUUGGACACAUCCCUGCAACUGCACUUGGAGCCAUCUUUCAAGAUGCACAUUCCAAGAUUGACAGUCCCAAGAGUUUCAAUCUGUGCCAUUUAUGGUCCCAAAGUGAACCAUCACUUCCUGGUGAGACCAAAGACGACCGUAUUAAUGCUGCCAAGACCUUGGUCCAUGACUAUGUGGAACUUGAAUUCAUGGACCCCGAUGAUUUGGAAACUCUGGUGGUGUCCUCUGGCUUGGUGAGUGAUAACCAGCUCGCAAGUGCCCUGUUGAAACAGGCAAAGAAAGCCAAACAUGAGCACAGUAUUUCUUUUCACAAACAAAGUUCUUUGGCAGUUGAAAUGUUGGAGUGGAAGAAUGUCAAAUCCAAAAUAUUGGCUAAUGGUACACCUGAUUGGAAGACUGAUUUGCUGGAUGGUCCUCUGUUGAUGCUAGGUCGAACGUAUCAGUGGACUGCCUACAUAAAUCUGACACACGCUAGCCCAUUUCAUGGUUCUUGGCUUGGUGUGACGAAAUCUACGCACAAUCUAGAUCCAACAAAGUGGCUUGGUGACCAGAAGAAUUGCUGGGGUUUCUCUGGCUCAACUGGACACAAAUAUGAAGAUGGUGCGAAAGGUGAAUUACUUGUCAAAUUAGGACAAAGAAAAGCACGUCAAAUCACCCUGAUUUUGGAUUUGUCAGAUGGCAACACAGAGAAUGGAACACUAGCAGUCUCAGUGAAGGGUCGAGGAACAUUCAUUGCAGCUUCCAAUAUGCGAGCACAUCUGGUUGGUACCAGUGUUGGUUAUGUGCCAGCUGUUUCAUGCAAGUUUGCAACUGUCAAAAUUUUGGAGUUCAAGUUGCUCUAG